UAUUGCGGGGGGUCAAGGACAAAAUGAGUGGCCCACUCGUGUCUGAGACCUGCCCAGAUCCGGAAGAGGUUUCUGACCUUAAGUCUCCACUGAGCUCUAGGUUCAGGGAACCUCUCACCCACGCUCGGUUCCAGGAGCUCUUCGGGGGCGAAAAGGAGCCGGAGCUACCAGCCGAGCCCUGCUCACCCUGGCUGUGCCGGCUGUGGAGAAGGCGAGCCUGCUCCUGUUCUGGGCCGGGGGCGUGGCGCGUGCUGCAGGCACGGCUGCCCCCGCUGCGCUGGCUGCCCCAUUACCGCUGGCGAGCCUGGCUGCUCGGAGAUGCUGUGGCAGGAGUGACCGUGGGCAUUGUGCACGUGCCCCAGGGCAUGGCUUUUGCCCUCCUGACCUCGGUGCCCCCGGUGUUCGGACUCUACACUUCUUUCUUUCCCGUCCUCAUCUACAGUUUGCUGGGCACUGGGAGACACCUGUCCACUGGAACUUUCGCAGUACUCAGCCUCAUGACGGGCUCUGUUGUUGAGCGCCUGGUGCCCGAACCCCUUGCGGGGAACCUCAGUGGAAUUGAGAAGGAGCAAUUGGAAGCCCGGAGAGUUGGGGCGGCAGCGGCUGUGGCCUUCGGGAGUGGGGCGCUGAUGCUGGCGAUGUUUGCGCUGCAGCUUGGUGUCCUGUCCACCUUUUUAUCCGAGCCUGUGGUCAAGGCGCUGACCAGCGGGGCCGCGGUGCACGUGCUGGUGUCCCAGCUGCCAAGCCUUUUGGGACUGUCUCUCCCACGUCAGAUCGGCUGUUUUUCUCUCUUCAAGACGCUAGCCGCGGUGCUCAUGGCACUGGCCGGGAGCAGUCCUGCAGAACUGGCCAUCUCAGCGCUCAGCCUGGCGUUGCUAGUGCCGGUCAAGGAACUGAACGUGAGAUUCCGGGACAGGCUACCCACUCCGAUUCCAGGAGAAGUUGUCAUGGUGUUUCUGGCCUCUGUGCUCUGCUUCGCCUCUUCCCUGAACACAAGAUACAAUGUCCAGGUAGUGGGACUAUUGCCUGGAGGAUUUCCCCAGCCCCUCUUCCCCAGGCUGGACGAGCUGCCCAGGAUCCUGGCUGACUCACUGCCCAUCGCACUGGUUACGUUUGCCGUGUCCGCCUCCCUGGCCUCCAUCUAUGCAGACAAGCACAGCUACACUAUCGACCCCAACCAGGAACUCUUGGCCCAUGGUGUCUCCAACCUCGUCUCUUCUCUCUUCUCUUGCUUUCCCAACUCGGCCACGCUGGCUACAACCAGCUUAUUGGUGGAUGCUGGUGGGAACACACAGAAGACUGACGGAGGCAGGAGGACCUGGGGCUCCAGGCUGUCUGGGGUACAAGGAGACUGUUUCAAAGCAACACUUGCUGCACAACUGGCCGGCCUCUUCUCCUGCAUCGUGGUCCUGUCGGUUCUGCUGUGGCUGGGGCCCUUCUUCUACUAUCUGCCCAAGGCUGUCCUGGCUUGCAUCAAUAUCUCCAGCAUGCGCCAGAUGUUCUUCCAGAUGCAGGAACUGCCGCAGCUAUGGCACAUCAGCCGUGUGGACUUUGCUGUGUGGAUGGUCACGUGGGUGGCAGUAGUGACGCUGAGUGUGGACCUGGGCCUGGCUGUGGGUGUGGUCGUCUCUAUGAUGACAGUGGUCUGCCGAACUCAGAGGGUGCAGUGCCUGGCACUUGGACUGGCUGAGGGGACCGAGCUCUACAGGCCACUCAGAGAGAGCUGUAAGCUCCUCCAGGUUCCAGGCCUCUGUAUUUUGAGCUAUCCGUCACCACUCUACUUUGCAACCCGUGGGCAGUUCCGCCACAUCUUGGAGUGGCAUCUGGGGCUUGGAUGCAGGUCUCCAAAGCUGGGUAGUCUACCUGACAAAGGUGCGGGGCCCAUCAGAGUGGUGGUCCUAGACUUCAGUGGCAUCACCUUUGUGGAUGCUGCAGGAGCCAGGGAAGUGGUCCAGCUCACCGGGCGAUGCCAGGAUGCUGGAAUCUGUCUCCUCCUAGCUCAGUGUAACGCCUUGGUGCUGGAGACUUUAACCCGGGCAGGGCUCCUGGAUAGAAUGACCCCGGAACAACUCUUUGUGAGUGUCCAGGAUGCAGCUGCACAUGCGCUGGAGAGACUGAAGACCACUGACCCAAAGAUUUGCACAGUGUGGGUCUGACCAAGGUCACUUGGAGUGUGAGAGGCCCUAACCGUAUGUGUGUGAGGAAGGCUACGGCCUUUGAGCCCUUCCCCCCAAUGCAAGCAAUAAAAUGAAGCCGAGAUUAUCUGCA